CUCAGUGAGUGUGCGAUUGUGCUUCUGUGACAGGUGCGGCGACUACACACAGGUGGCGUCGCGGAGUCCCCAGCUGCGGUCACAGAGGACAAGAUCCACAACGUGCGCGGGAGGACGAGGCCGGGCGAGAGAGCAGUUCGAGCACGCGAGUACGCUCUUGCUACCGCACUCGCGCCCCUCACUCGAGCCGCGUCGCCAAGUGCACUCUCGAAGUGACUCCACGAGGGCUGUUCCGCACUGUGGGUGAAGUAUGCAGGAGCUGACGACUGACAGCUGAAGGCAAUAUGGCGCAGCUCGUCAGGAACAUCGUGGUCAGCUACCUUGACCUCAUGGAGAACAAGAGUGACCCGCGAGUCAAGGACUGGCUGCUCAUGAGCAGUCCCUUCCCCACGCUCGCCGUCUGCCUCAUGUACGGCUACUUCUCCAAGGUGCUGGGUCCCAAGCUCAUGGAGAACCGCAGGCCCUUCGACCUGAAGAGGGUGCUCGUCGUGUACAACCUGGCGCAGGUUUUGUUCAGCUCCUGGCUCUUCUAUGAAUGUCUGAUCAGCGGCUGGCUCAACCACUACAGCUACAGAUGUCAGCCGGUCGACUACUCCACCAGCCCGCUAGCCAUGAGGAUGGCGCGCGGCUGCUGGUGGUACUACUUCUCCAAGUUCACAGAGUUUUUCGACACGAUCUUCUUCGUGCUGCGCAAGAAGAAUGAUCACAUCUCCACUCUGCACGUCAUUCACCACGGAGUCAUGCCCAUGAGUGUGUGGUUCGGCGUCAAGUUCACCCCAGGCGGCCACAGCUCCUUCUUCGGCCUGCUCAACACCUUCGUGCACAUCAUCAUGUACUCGUACUACCUGCUGGCGGCGCUGGGCCCCCGCUUCCAGAAGUACCUCUGGUGGAAGAAGUACCUGACCGUGCUGCAGAUGGUGCAGUUCGUGCUGGUGAUGCUGCACGCCUUCCAGCUGCUCUUCACAGACUGCAACUACCCGCGCGCCUUCGUCUGGUGGAUCGGCAUGCACGCGGUCAUGUUCUACUUCCUCUUCUCCGACUUCUACAAGCAGGCCUACAAGAAGAAGGUCGCCCGGGAAAAGGCUGCGCUGGACCAAAAGAGAGCAGAAGAAACUUGCGCACGAAAUUCAAAUGGUUACGUUCCGGGUGACAACGUUUCCAAACGCAGUGUGUCCAACGGUAAAAUUCCAAAUGUCAACAUUUCCAACGGCCAUGUGUCUAAUGGCAAUAUCCCAAACGGCAGUGUUUUCAACGGCCACGUAUCGAAUGGCAAGAUUCCCAACGGUGGUGCUUCAAAUGGCCAUGUGGCGAACGGCCAAGUUAAAAUCGGCAGUGUUUCAAACGGCAGAGUUCCGAAUGGCAGUGUUUCCUCGGGGCAGCUCAUCAGCGGUGAGAGGGAGUCGCCCGACUCGCCCAUCUACCAGACGACGAAGCUGCAUGCCGCGCCGGACGGCUAUUUGUCCUUGGACAGCAGCGCGCAGCUCAGGAACAGGGUGUUCCUGAGUCGGGACAGGUUAUGACCCGCUCCGCCUGGUCGCUGACCGGCGCCGUCCAGAGGGCUUGCCGCCGGAUCACACGCUGAGAGCGUGAGCGUGCUUACUUCUAGCGCCGUCGUCGCUUCCGCGUGGUUCCCACACUGCAGUGACUAGAGUUUCGUAAAGCCCAUUGCGUACAAUCUCAGGCAGUUCGAGAGACGAGAGACAUGAUAAGGCCGAAUUAGUGAAGGCGCAUAUAUUUGUUUUAUAAAUAAAGUUUUCAUCAAUAAAAACAGGGGCCUUGCAAGGUUGGUAUGAAUUUGGAUAAACAUUUAUCUUUUUUUACUAUUUCUGCAACGAGAAACUAACUUUAUACCUUAAAUCAAAACCACCAUUUCAAUCUCAUAACAUAAUAAAAUGUCAAAAUAUUUAAUUUGCUAAAUUAUUUUGGGAAACAGUCCCAAUACUGUGUAUAGAGUACACUCAAUUUUUUAAAGAUAACUAAAAAAUUAGAGUAGUUUUUGGAAUUAAGAAAAAUAUUUAUUUGGUGAUGUAUCGGAACUUGCAUCAAGGGAAUUUCUUUUUUAUUUAAAUCACUAACUACCUAUUUGAAAUUGUAACCAAAUUAAAUUUUGUUGCUACUGCAAGGUCUGUUCACAAAGUUACAUUCAAUCAUUUUGGCUUAGCUUUUAAAUACUAAACAUGACUAUCUUAGAGCAAGAGUUAACGUUGACAGCUCAAAUAAGUAAUAUAUGUUAUCUUCAAUUUGAAAGAUUAGAUUAUAUGCAAUUUCAUUUUAGUCACAGUUAUUUUCUCUUAAUGGCAAGUAUUAAUGAAAGUGAUAUUUUGACAAUACAUUUUCUGUCUUAGCCAACAUCAACAAAACUUCCUUGAAAUAAAAUUAAUUCUGCCAAAACCAAAUCGGUAAUUUUUAUUUGUACUAGUGACCAGAAAAUAUUAUCAUUAUUUUACUUGCGAUAUGUGUUAUCAUUUAAUGAUAUAUGGUGAACUAUUAAUAUUUUACCAGUACACGUUUUAUUACUGAGCAUGUCAUAAUAUUUAAUAUUACUGUAAAUACAGUGGUGAAUUGUAUUUUAUGUAUAACAUUUACCAUAGGUACUUGUCAAAUGAUGUCAUUUCAUGUUUAAUGGAUUGUAUUAUUUGCAUCACAGUACAAGGAAUACGAUCGUUUCCUUACUUGUACUUAGUUACGUGGUGAAAUAAGAAAGUUGCGUAUGUGAUAAAUGUGGGAUCAUUUAGUAUUUAUUACAUAGUAACAAAUGUACCAUCUUUGUUCACUUUUUGUAAUAUAUUUGAAUGGUUACAAUAAAACCUUCAAAACGAUUUUUUUACUCUAAUAUUACUUUUCUAUCAAGCCAUAAGUGUCUCUUAUAAUUUAAAAGGAAUACAAUAUGCAUUUUUGUUGACCGAAAGUAUUCAUUUAUUUAGUUCUGACUGUUGUUGAAUGAUACGCAUAUAUAAACAGCACCUUCUGGUAGGUGUAAUGAAUAUUUGUGCGCUUAAAAAAAUGUUCAAUGUUUAACUUCAUACUACGUUAUUUUAUAAUGAAAAAUAAAAGAACUGUGCUCAACAAGGA